AUGGAUGUACUUGAAUUACCUCGUCCUGUUAUUAAUUUUCUUCGGACAAUGGCUAAAGAAGGCUGUCGUUAUGUUCUAUCGUGGGAUAUAUUCGGUGGUACUGAUAGCGUUACACUCACACUUACAUGGAAAUUAAGUAAUCAUGAACCUCAGCUAACAACGUCAAAAUCUUUACAACAUUAUCAGCAACAAGUAUAUGAUGACCUAUUUAUUCGGCAUGAUGAUUUAACAUCAUCACAACGUCGUUCACGCCACGAGGACAAUACUGUGGCAUCAACUAGAAUAUGUUCAUCUAGAGGCAAAAGUCUUGAAGGUAAUAGUUUAACAUCAAGCAAAUCAGUAUCUUCUCAGCAAAAACAAGCAUCAAGUUUAGAACGAUCUUCAAUUACUAAUCAACAAAAAAAACAACCAGUUCCAAUAUAUGCUAAUCUAAAAAAAAUAAAGUAUCGAACGAGUACUUCACCUUCACCUUCUACUCAUACAGAUCAUCAUCGAACUAGAAACCAAUGUGAAUGUCCAAUACGACGAAAAUUGAUACCGUCAAAAUCGAUUGCUAAUAAUUUAUCUUCAGAACUAACACGCAGAACGGCUAUUACUAUUCAAACUGACGAUGAUAAUGAUGACGAUGAAGAUAUACUUGACCCAUGGGUAAAAGAUUUUGAAUGCUCACUUGAAACCGGUACGAACAAUAAACGUGAAAAAUCGAAAAUUGGCAUGAACAAAAAAGGAAAUAUUUCAGGAAAAGUUAAAUUCAAGAGAAAGCCAGAUUAUUUUUAA